AUGAAUCGCCGUGUCCGAUCCGAAGCUCAAUUGGAGCGGAAACGUCUACUUGAUCGACGGCAUAUGCGCACAAAGCGACAAGCGGAGCAGAGAAGAUCGGAGGCCUUGGAACAACUUGUCCACAGCCUCCGGGCCAGAGUGGCCGAGCUUGAGAGGAAGCCAGCCAGCCGAGUUUUUUGUGAGGAGGAAGCGGAGCCUCUGGGUGCCAACAAUGCCCAAGCUCCUUCACCUUCAGAUUUUUUACGAGCAACAACCCGACACCGUGGUCUGUGCGAAGAAGCGGCCGGUACAAUAACCACCACCGUGUUCCCAGGCUCCAGCGUGGAUGGAGAGGCAUCCCAAUACACAACAGCAGCCUACCCCACGAGCAGUGGUGAGCCACUGAUCGACAAACCUGGCAAGCGUUCUCAUGAUGACGAGCUCGCCUCGGCUGCUCUUAUUGUAUUAUCUCAAAUGGCUCGUGGUGCUGUAUCAAACUCGGCCGCAAGCAGCCCCGAGUCGACGUGGAGGACACGUGUGAGUCGACACGCCGCUCCAGCUGAGCUGCACUGUAGCUUUGCCAUCCCACCCUCAUCCUCGCAGCUGGCGGGGGGCCUUGUAGCGGACACGUUUUGCUCUUUGUGCUCCGUUGAGCACCCGGCGGGCCGAGGCUGCUUCUACUCAUUCAUCUCGCGAGCACUGUGGACGGCGCAUGUCGACCUCUUUCGACAUCAUCCAUCAGAUGCACAAAUGAUGCAGCUCCCUCGCAUGCCCAGCAUCGACAACUUCUUUCUCCGCAACCCCGAGAGGCAUCCGCUUGUGGAGAUUCUCAACGUGACUUGUGAUGAGUUUCGCUGUCCGAAUGACGCCGACAACGUCGCAAUCUACCUCCUCAUGUAUCGGCUAUUGCGGUGGAGGGUAUACCCAGUCGCCCGUUCUUACGAGGAUGUACCAGCGUUCUACCGCCCAACAAAAGCCCAGGAGUGCGUGCCACAUCCGGUGUCGAUCGACUUUCUUGCCUUUCCCGAACUUCGGGACAUACUCACCAAGCACCCUGCUCUCUAUUUGGAGAACCACACACAGUUCGAGCGCGAUUUUACCGAAUCCGUCACCGUCCAGUGGCCUCGGCUUGAGCCAGUCUUUAUCACGGACGUGCAGGGUAAUGCGGUGCACCUUACCGACAAAUUCGAGAGCCAUAUCUUUGAUUAUGACAACUGGGCCAUGAGGGACCGUUGGUUCGAUGCCUAUCCACAGUAUGGCCACGCCGUUAACAGAUGCAAACGAACGGGAAUGUAA